AAAAAAAAAAAAAAAAAAAAAAAGAGGACGAGAAAAAGAAACGAGAAUUAACAUAGCGGGCUUAUUCCCGAUAGUAUCGAUUAGAGGUAUGAAAGCGUGCCCUGAAAACUCAGAUUUAGUCACGACUCAGAGGGUCGGGGGAACGGGUCACACCUUGCCUGACCCGCGGACAGCUUCGUUUCCUACCACUCAGCCGCCGGUGCUUCCAAGAAACCAAACUUCCUACACUACUCCUGGAGGUAUCUUAGCUUCAGCUCACUCAUGCUCAAAGACUCCGGAUACGGGCUCUCCCUAAUUCCGAACUAUUGCCGUAGUACCUAGUGAGCGGCAGGCAAACCUCUCUUGACGUUGGCGUGGUUAGGUAAUCUUGAGCCAUCGCUUCUACUCUCGCGUCUACAACAUUAACGCGUCCACUAUAUGUAUCCGAUGGCGGAGGACGAGGAGCGAAAAGACUCGGGCAUUUCCAAACUUGAUUCCGCAUGUAUUCGGAGCAUUGGCGGAUUGCAGUGCGGAAACCACCUUGAGUCCAUCCGUGAUUCGUCCAUUCAGCCGUUUAAGUACGUUUGUACAUCAAGCCUCUCCACCAAGGAUCAACUACCCGAUGAGGAGAUGAGCUCCGACGAUGCCGCUCUCGCGAUCGUCAAUCGAAGCAUCUUCAGCAGAACCAGAAUGUUCCUGGAAGCAUGUACCUGGUCGUCUACACUGCACUAUGCUAGUGACAAGAGUCUGGCCUUUCCUCGCUUGCGCCCAAGCUCUCGCUCGAGGGCCAAGGCCCAAGGGUCCCUCUGCUCUGCCUCUCCUCUCCCUCGCUCGAUCGGUCCUUCCUGCUCCGUCACCGUUACAUACCUUGAUGGUGUACACUACAUUGCGGCAGUACCUGCAUGAAAGGUGCAUGGGCUCCAGGGCCGGAGAGAUGACUUUGAAGAAUCGAAAAGACAACACCAACCACCAUACAUACUUUGCUAUGACACCAUCCCAACUCUGUGAAUUAUAAUUAGCUUCACGAGUUUGUCUGAUGCUUGGGGAGUCGAUCUCAAGUAAAAGAAUUUUGCCUUCGACGUAGA